UUUUUUUUUCGUCUGUCUCUCGCCGGGUGUUCGCGAGCUCUCCUAAAGCGGCGGCUGGGCUGUUUUUAAAACGGUUUUUUUUUUAUGAUGGCGGAGGACAGUGAAUCUGCGGCCAGUCAGCAGAGCCUGGAGCUGGACGACCAGGACACCUGCGGGAUAGAUGGAGACAACGAGGAGGAGAACGAGCACAUGCAGGGCAGUCCAGGGGGAGAUCUGGGUGCCAAGAGGAAGAAGAAGAAACAGAAGCGGAAAAAAGAGAAGCCCAGCUCGGGGGGAGCCAAAUCUGACUCUGCGUCUGACUCCCAAGAGAUCAAGAACCCUGGCUUGCCCAUUCAAAAGCUGCAGGAUAUCCAACGAGCCAUGGAGCUGCUGUCCUGCCAGGGUCCAGCAAAAAGUAUUGAUGACGCAGCGAAGCACAAGUACCAAUUCUGGGACACCCAGCCUGUCCCAAAGUUAAAUGAAGUUGUGACGAGUCACGGGCCGAUUGAAGCCGACAAAGAAAACAUCAGACAGGAGCCAUACUCUUUACCUCAAGGCUUUAUGUGGGACACGUUGGACCUCAGUAAUGCAGAUGUACUGAAGGAGCUGUAUACAUUGUUAAAUGAAAAUUAUGUAGAGGACGACGAUAACAUGUUCCGAUUUGAUUAUUCUCCAAGUUUUCUGAAAUGGGCUCUGCGUCCACCUGGCUGGUUACCGCAGUGGCACUGUGGAGUCCGAGUGUCCUCAAACAAGAAGCUUGUUGGCUUCAUCAGUGCCAUCCCUGCAGACAUACGCAUCUAUGACACGAUAAAGAAGAUGGUAGAAAUCAACUUCCUGUGUGUUCAUAAGAAACUGCGUUCAAAGCGUGUUGCUCCUGUGCUAAUCAGAGAGAUAACACGGAGAGUGAACCUAGAGGGAAUAUUUCAGGCAGUUUACACAGCUGGAGUCGUGCUGCCUAAACCAGUGUCUACAUGCAGGUACUGGCAUCGUUCUUUAAACCCCAGAAAACUUGUGGAAGUAAAAUUCUCCCAUCUGAGCAGAAACAUGACCCUGCAAAGAACCAUGAAGCUGUACAGAUUAUCAGAUAGCACCAAGACUCCAGGUCUGCGGCCAAUGGAGAGGCGUGACAUCCACCGGGUCACCGAGCUGCUGCAGAAAUACUUGAGACGUUUCCAUCUUGCACCAUCAGUGGGAGAAGAGGACGUGGCUCACUGGCUUCUACCCCAGGAGAACAUAAUCGACACAUUUGUUGUAGAAGGUGCAGGUGGUGUUCUGACAGAUUUUACUAGUUUCUACACUUUGCCCUCGACUGUGAUGCAUCACCCUCUCCAUCGGAGCCUGAAGGCAGCUUACUCUUUCUACAAUGUUCAUACACACACACCACUACUGGACCUAAUGAAUGAUGCACUGAUCCUGGCCAAGCUGAAAGGUUUUGAUGUUUUUAAUGCCUUGGAUCUGAUGGAGAAUAAAGUAUUUCUGGAGAAGCUUAAGUUUGGUAUUGGAGAUGGAAAUCUGCAGUAUUACCUCUACAACUGGAAGUGUCCCACUAUGGACUCUGAUAAGGUUGGUCUCGUCCUCCAGUAGCAGGUCUCUUUGCAGCCGCUGCACAAACCCACCAGGUUGUCGUUGCCCUCCUGAUAUUUACCUGGACCUGCAGGUC